UCAAACUCGCCACAGGUCCACCUCUACUUCAACCAUUAAAUUUAAUUAACAUUCUAUAAAAGCUGACAACCAAAGUGACAACUGUUCCCAUUUUUUUUUCCAUUUUAUUAUUCACAACGAGUCGUCCAAUUCUAAUUAUCCAAUCCAAUCAGGCAACCAUCAAUAUUCCCACUCUUACGAAGAUGACACGUGCAUUGAUUAUAUUGAUGAUUCUCGUUGGGACAAUUAGUGUAAUCACUGGUCAGACAUUCCAAUACAGUCGUGGAUGGACGACUGGAAAGCGUGCCGAUUCUGGAGUCCUUGGGGUUGGUGGUGAUUUGCCGUCGGAUUUAAAAAUGAAUUUUCCAACUCAAGGUAUCAUUCGGCGGACAAACGAUCCAGAAAAUAUUCAUUGCGGUCUUCGCAAACUGAAGAUGCUUUUACGUGGUAGCACUAAUAAUCAGCUGUAUCAUCUCCCCUGCGAUCUUCUGAAUAUUCUCCACAGAGAAGUAGAAGCUGGUAGUGAACGAGUUGGACACCAUAAGAACUCACACCACUUGGAUCUUUAUGAUAACGAUAACGAUAAUGUUAAUGAUAAUGAUAAUUACCUCAACAACAAAUGAAUAACUUUGGGAGGGAAUAAUUUGAUUAAACGCAAGUCUAUUUUAUUUGUAUGAAAUAAAUUAAUUUGAGGGAAUAAAGUGUUAUUGAGGUGAGGAAUAAUGGAAUAGUGAUACGAAAUGAAAAGUAGUAUAUCAAAUAAAAAUGACAGGAAUGAGGAGGACAGGCUUGAAAUA